UUUCAGCCAACCAAUUCUACUGGAGUCCCCUACUGCUACAUCACUAAGUAUUAUUAUACUGCCAGUAACAUUCAGAACACAGGAGCCGGCCUAACAGCAGACAUCUCCCGAAAUGCGGAAGCCAAUUACUAUCCUUCCACACCCAUUAACCAGCUCAGAUUGGAUGUGACAUUUCAUAAAAAUGACAUGCUACAGUUUAAGAUCUAUGAUGCCAACAACAAGAGAUAUGAAGUGCCAGUGCCCUUAAAUAUUCCAGGCUCCCCCACCAGUCAACCUGAAAAUCGCCUCUAUGAGGUGGCUAUCAAAGAAAACCCAUUUGGAAUUGAGAUCCGCAGAAAAAGCACAGGCACUGUGAUUUGGGAUUCCCAGGUCCCUGGCUUUACCUUUAAUGACAUGUUCCUACGUAUCUCCACCCGCCUCCCAUCGCACUACAUCUAUGGCUUUGGAGAAACAGAGCACACGACCUUCCGGAGGGAUCUCAACUGGCACACGUGGGGAAUGUUUUCUCGAGACCAGCCUCCAGGUUACAAGAAGAAUUCCUAUGGUGUACACCCAUAUUACAUGGGUUUGGAAGAGGACGGCAAUGCCCAUGGAGUGCUCCUGCUCAACAGCAAUGCCAUGGAUGUAACUUUCCAACCAACCCCUGCACUCACAUAUAGGACUACUGGAGGUAUUCUGGACUUUUACAUGGUUUUGGGACCUACCCCAGAGCUCGUUACUCAGCAGUACACAGAGUUGAUUGGCCGGCCAGUGAUGACUCCUUACUGGGCCUUAGGAUUCCAGCUGUGUCGUUAUGGAUACGAGAAUGAUAAUGAAAUUGCUGAACUCUACGAUGCCAUGGUGGCUGCUCAGAUACCCUAUGAUGUGCAGUACUCAGACAUCGAUUACAUGGAGAGGCAGCUAGAUUUCACCCUAAGCCCCAAGUUUGCUGGUUUUCCUAAUCUAAUCAAUCGAAUGAAGCAGGCUGGGAUGCGAGUCAUCCUCAUUCUGGACCCGGCUAUUUCUGGCAACGAGACCAAGCCAUAUCCUGCCUUCACUCGGGGCGUCGAGCAAGAUGUGUUCAUUAAAUGGCCAGAUGACAACAGCAUAGUUUGGGGAAAGGUUUGGCCAGAUUUGCCAAAUGUCACUAUCGAUGGAUCUCUUGAUUGGGACACCCAAGUGGAGUUAUACAGAGCUCACGUUGCCUUCCCAGACUUUUUCCGUAAUUCAACAGUCAAGUGGUGGAAGCAGGAAUUGAGGGAACUGCACAACAAUUCCCAGGAGCCAGAGAAGAGCUUGAAGUUUGAUGGAAUGUGGAUUGACAUGAAUGAACCAUCAAGCUUUGUGAAUGGGGCAGUUCCUCCAGGCUGCAGGGUUGACACAUUAAAUCAUCCUCCUUACAUGCCCCAUCUGGAGUCAAGAGACAGAGGGCUGAGCAGUAAGACUCUGUGCAUGGAAAGUCAGCAGAUCCUGCCUGAUGGAAGUCCAGUGAGGCACUACGAUGUGCACAAUCUCUAUGGCUGGUCCCAGACAAAGCCAACAUAUGAAGGCGUGCAAGAGGUUACAGGCCGGCGAGGAAUUGUGAUCAGUCGUUCAACCUUUCCUUCUUCAGGACGCUGGGCAGGACAUUGGUUGGGAGACAACACAGCAGCCUGGGAUCAGCUGUAUAAAUCCAUCAUUGGUAUGAUGGAGUUCAGUCUUUUUGGAAUAUCCUAUACAGGAGCUGAUAUCUGUGGGUUCUUUCAAGAAGCUGAAUAUGAGAUGUGUGCUCGCUGGAUGCAACUGGGAGCCUUUUACCCUUUCUCUAGGAACCAUAAUACCAUUGGGCCUCGGAGGCAAGACCCUGUGUCUUGGAAUUCCACCUUUGAGGAUCUUUCAAGAGAUGUCCUAAACACAAGAUACACUCUGUUGCCUUAUCUCUACACCCUGAUGCAUAAGGCCAAUGUAGAAGGCAGCACUGUUGUCCGGCCCCUUCUUCAUGAAUUUGUUGAAGACAAAGAAACUUGGGACAUAUUCUGUCAAUUCUUGUGGGGCCCAGCCUUCUUAAUCAGCCCUGUCCUGGAACCUCUUUCAGACAACUUCUUACCCACCCAUCUUAAUCAAUUCUCUUCCCGACUUUCCCGACCUGCUUCCUUGCGGAAGACAGGAAAUAUGGUAAUUGCUGGUCCAGAUUCAGAAACAGGUGAGGAAUUGGACUUUUGCCUGGGCCAGAGUCCGAUUUUCUCCCAUACUCAAUCAUGCAAACAGUCACACUGCACAGUCACCUCUGGAAAGUAG